AUGGCCAAGAUCUCGCGUGGUGCCCCUGGUGGCAAGCUCAAGAUGACCCUGGGUCUCCCUGUUGGUGCCGUCAUGAACUGCGCCGACAACUCCGGUGCCCGAAACCUCUACAUCAUCUCCGUCAAGGGUAUCGGUGCCCGCCUGAACCGAUUGCCCGCUGGUGGUGUCGGUGACAUGGUCAUGGCCACCGUCAAAAAGGGAAAGCCCGAGCUCCGAAAGAAGGUCCACCCCGCCGUUAUCGUCCGACAGUCCAAGCCCUGGAAGCGAUUCGACGGUGUCUUCCUUUACUUCGAGGACAACGCUGGUGUGAUCGUCAACCCCAAGGGUGAGAUGAAGGGAUCCGCCAUCACUGGUCCCGUUGGUAAGGAGGCUGCUGAGUUGUGGCCCCGUAUUGCCAGCAACUCCGGUGUCGUCAUGUAA